AUGACCGAUCUUUCUGCGCAACAUGUCCCAGGAUCCGAUCGCACGUACUAUAUACCGAACUUUGUGACCGAAGAGGAGGAAGAGUAUCUCGUUCGCAAGAUCUUAGAGGCGCCGCAGCCGAAGUGGCGACAGUUGGCCAAGAGGCGGUUACAGACGUGGGGAGGAGAUCUGACGCCUAAGAAUAUACUCAUACCACAGCCCAUGCCACCGUUCAUGACGGAGUACCCCAAUCUCAUAUCGAGAUUGCGAGCGACCGGUGCAUUCGCUGACUCGCCGCACGGUGAACCGAAUCAUGUUAUCAUGAACGAGUACCUCCCCGGGCAAGGCAUCAUGCCACAUCAAGAUGGACCAGCCUACCACCCCGUCGUCGCGACGCUCUCACUAGGCUCACACACAGUGAUGCACUACUACCGCUACAACUCCCCCUCCGACCGCUCCAUCGACCCGUCCCCAGUCCUCUCGCUCCUGCUCGAGCCGCGGAGUCUGGUUAUCACGACCGCAGCGCUGUAUACGGAGUGUUUGCAUGGGAUUGAGGGGGUGGGGGAGGAUGUGCUCGGUGGGGUGCGGCUGGCGAAUGGGGGGAUGGUGCCGAGUGAGAGGAGGGACGGGGUGAUGGGGAGGGGGACGAGGUAUAGUUUGACGUGUAGAGAUGUGGAGAGAGUCGCGAGUGUGAGUGCGGCGAAGAUGUUUGGCAAGAAGUGA